AUGGCCCUGUCUCAAGUUGUGAAUGAUGGCUCGCCAACUCCUGAGGAGCGGAACUACCCAGUGAGAUGGUACCGGUCGACGGGUUUCAACAUGACCAUCCUGGGCCUAUGCAACCUAGCAGCGCCCGGGAUCUGGGGUGCGAUGAACUCUCUCGGUGCUGGAGGAGCACAAUCCCCUGGGCUGGUCAACGCAGCCAACGCGCUGACGUUCAGCCUCAUGGUUGUCUCGUGCUACUUCACGAGCGCCAUCAUACACUACAUCGGGGUGAAGAACACAUUGAUCAUCGGAACAAUUGGCUAUGCGCCAUACGCCGCCGGCCUGUACACGAACAACCGGUACGGCGUCGAAUGGCUGGUCCUGCUCGGCGCAGCCCUAUGUGGGAUAUCCGCCGGGAUAUUCUGGGCCACGGAGGCCGCGGUCGCCAUUGCCUAUCCGGAACCAUGGAACAAAGGACGGGCGCUAGGGUGGUGGUUGACGUUCCGGCUCGUGGGACAGACAAUCGGAGGUGCUAUCAACCUCAGACUCAAUGCGGAUCGGGACGAAGCUGGAAAGGUGUCUUAUACGGUCUUUUUGGUGUUCAUCGCGCUGCAAGCGUCGGGGCCGUUCGUUGCGCUCUUCCUCACGAAGCCGUCGAAAGUUGAGCGGCGCGAUGGGAAGAAAGUCGGUCUUGCUAUUGCUGGUAGGCCCUGGCACGAGAUCAAGAUGACGACGAAGAACCUCCUCCGGCCGGAGUUCUUGUUGGUGCUGCUGUGGAUCGGGCAGACUGUCUUUGCCGAGGCCGUGUUCUUCACCUACCUGGCUCUGUGGUUCUCCGUUCGUGCAAGGGCACUGGGCUCGUUCCUGGCCGGUGUCAUUGGAAUGGUUGUGGGUAACGGAGUAGGGGCUUGGCUGGACCAUUCCCGGGUCUCCAUCAAGCUGCGCGCUCGCUCGACAUUCGUCUCCAUCGUCGUGAUGUCCGGAGCAUGGUGGUUAUGGGCUACUGUACUGGCCACACGUUUCCGCGUCACGCAGCCAACCUACGACUGGUCCACCCCAGGCUUUGGGACGGCGUUUGCUGUCUAUGUCCUGCUUAACGUCACGUUCCAGGCCAAUUACCUGUUCCUCUACUUCAUCAUAGCACAUAUCGCGAAGGGCGAGCCCGAGAUAGUGCGAUUCGCGGCUCUUUUACGAGGCACGGAGUCAGCCUGGCAAGCGAUCAGUUAUGGACUUUCUUCCGUGACGGUAUUUGCAGAGGUUGGCGCCAUAUACAUCAACCUGGGGCUAUGGGCACUGUCAAUCUAUCCGGCAUGGCUUGUAAUCAGGCACAUUGGAGCUGAGGCAGGCAGCGAUGAACGCCAACUGCCAAGCAAGACAGAAGAUGGCAUUGGGGAGGCUUCCGAGCACAAGGCACUCUGA